UCUUUUCAUACUUUUCGAUUGACUACAGCACACCAUGCAUAUUCUCGAGAGAAUUAGGCAUGACCUUGUGACCGAAGGUCGUGGUCAAUACACUCUUACGGUCGACCAAUUUAAUUACGACUCCUUUGACGAGCUAUUCGAGGAAAUGAGGCCUCGGUAUGUUUACCUAUAAUGUUGGGUGCAAGCACUGACAGGAACAAUGAAAGCCAUUGCUACAACUCUUUCACUCAAAUGCUUGACGUCGAUAUGCCACUGUGGGUACAUGGGCUUUGCAUUAAUUGGUUCAAUUCUUGGGUGACCCAAAUGGUGGUGGAAGGAUACGUCGCCCAAAGAUCGUUAUAUGUUUCCACAGGGAUUACUUUGAGAGGGUUCACUGGCCGCUUUCACGGGAGUGUAAAGGAGCCAGAUUGUUUCAUUACCUCACGCGGAAUAUGGCCUGGUGUUACGCUCGAAGUCGGAUACUCAGAGACGUAUGACAAACUAUUACAAGAUGCAGAUCUCAUGUUGGAAGGCUCCCAGGGCAAAAUUCGUCUGGUAAUACUCGUGAAGCUAGUCCCACCCGGGCCCAAUGAUACACACUUUGAGACUGGAUUUGUUGAGCUACAUGAGUAUAACCCUGCAUCCGGGACCAGAAGAAAAAGAGGUUGGAGAAAGACACUUUAUCCAAUUCCGAGAAGCCAUGGUCAGCAGCGUAUCACACUGCAAUGGGAUGAUAUAAUUCGAGACAAUACAGACCUUCUCUUACGCCCAGUGUCAAGUCCCCCUCCCCCCUUGAUGCUUGAUGACUUGCGCAGAUGUGUGGAGUUUGGACUUGACCAAGAACUGAAGACUCGAGAGCAUUUAGCAGAGCUCUGAGUUGUUCCUUUCCAUGUUUUAACUGUUAAUCUGCUUGAGCACUGAUAGUGGUCGAGGCCGUUCUUUAGCUACACUUCUAAUAUAAUUACCUUUGUUAACCUA